GAGAAACUGGAGAAAUCACCUGGACUUUGAGAAUUGUUUCACCUGUACAUUUUGCCUAGUGGAGAGAAAGGUACCAAUUUGAAAGAUGAAGACUACGAUUCUUCUAUUUUGUCUUCUAGGAUCAACUCAGUCAUUACCAAUGCAGCUCAACCCUGCUUUGGGACUUCCUCCAGCAAAGCUGGUUCCAGAUCAGGCAACCCUGGUAAACCAACAGCAGCUAAAUCAGGUCUUCUCUUCUUUAGGUCUGAUACCACUGACACAGAUGCUCACACUGGGCUCAGAUCUGCAACUGCUAAAUCCUGCUGCUGGGAUGGCACCUGCUGCCCAGACCCUCCCACUGACCCUAGGAGGGUUAAACGUACAACAGCAGCUGCAGCCACAAAUGUUACCAGUUAUUGUAGCACAACUUGGAGCCCAGGGGACUAUCCUAAGCUCAGAGGAAUUGCCAGUGGCCCCACAAAUCUUCACAGGCCUCCUCUUCCAGCCCUUAUUUCCGGGAGCCAUCCUGCCCACCAGUCAGGUGAAUCCAGAUAUACAAAAUGCAAUCCUUCCUGCAGGACAAGCAGGAGUAAAUCCUGCCAUUCAAGGAACCGCAGAGAACCCCUUCCCAACUCCCAGUGGCACAGACGAUGACUUUGGAGUGACCACCCCUGCAGGCAUCCAGAGGGGCAUGCUCACUACUGAGGAAACCACCACAGGGUCCCCAAAUUGAAUUCAGUAAGCUGUUGGAAAUUUUUUCAACUAAACCACCUCAAAUGUGGUGAUACGUGCAAAUCUUUUUCAUUGAUCAUAUUAUUGAAUAGAUUGAGACACUGGAGAGUAUCUGAAGAAAUUAAUUCUUAGUUAAAAUCUUACUUGAAAUUUCUGAAAACAUUCUUCCUUCAGGAAAAGAAUAAUUAAGUGGAUAAACUUGUCUUUGAAAUGUAACAUUAUAUC